CCCCGACGUGUGUUGCAGUUCACACAAGCUCUCUGCAAGCGACCUUCAGUGCAGAGGGCUUCCGCCGUAGAUUGCCACCGUCCCGCCACCACACACGCCAUGGGGGAGAGGCGGUGCUUUGUGACGACUUGUUUCCAUAUCCAAGGCCAUGGAUGUACGCGCAAUGCAUGUGGGAAGGGCGGUCCGGUAGUCAUGGUGCAUGGCGGGGCAAUGCUGCCCAUGCACAGCGCUGUUGUGACACGUGGGGGUUGUCGUGUCUCAUGGUUUUCGUCGAUGCGUCCAUCUGUUUGUGUGGUGCAGGUUGGAAGGACGGCAAACCAUACAACUACGUUAGCGGUGCGCACCAAGGUACACAACGCGCAGCGCACUGAAAGAGGCGGUGAGAUACAUAGCAUUUCCGCCUCUUUCAUCGUCUCCUGUGUGAACGUGCAGGAGCGCGACGCAUUGCGGGCGGUGUGGGACGAAGUGCGGGAGGUAAAGACUUAAUCAACACACACUGCAUAUUGGAGUGCGCGUGACAUCGUGUUGUGUCCCUUUGUGUGGGUUUGCAAUGCAGGUGUCGCUGAUUUGUGCGGAGGCGGUCAAGAAGAGCUAUGGGGAGGCGAAAGAGGCCAUGUACAGGCCCUGGCUGCAUGCCGCCUUCACCAAGUUGCACGCCCUCAACCUCACCCAGUUCGACAAGAUCAUGCUGCUCGAUGCCGACACGCUCGUCAACCCAUUCAUGGUGAUGAAGGAGUCGGCCGCCCGCAUCCAGGCGCGCGUCGAGAAGCUCUUCAGUGUGAGGACCCCUGCAGGUAGGUAGGUGGGGUGGAUGUGCUGAUUGAUGACAAUUUGAUGUGGAUGGCUUGUGAUGUGAUGCUCCUCUGCGUUGUAUGUUGAUCAUGCAGGCUUGUGUUCGGACACGUUGGGUGGCGCUCAGGUGCACGGCACGCCGGUGUCAGAGGAGCAACUGAAGGAUGCCAAGGACAAAGGCUGGGGGAUGAGGGGGUGUAUCAUGGCGCUCAAGUAAGACAGAUCGGUGAGAUGGGCAAGUGUGUGGUGGGUGGAUGCGCCUUGCAGGCCGUCGCGCGAUUUGUUCGACAACUGCCUAGGAGAGCUCUCCAGCGUUAGAUCAUUAGUCAAGGGGCGCAUCGGGCGAUAUGGAGACAAAGACAAAUUCAUAGGUGCGUCCACAUCUAUAUCUAAGACUUGCUGCAGUGCGUGAUGCCUGUCCAUGUGUGUGUGGUUGGCAGGCCCGGACGAGUUGUUCUUCUCUACGGUGCUGCAGGACUGGCACCACCUGACCCCCAACGCGUGUGUCACCUCCUGGCACCUCAAAGAGGAAAGUGAGCGAAACGAGACACACAUCUAUAUGGAGGGCUGUAUAUGUCUCCUCUCUUUGGUCUGGUGGUGUGCCCAGACGAGACCAAGGCCUUCUUUCUGCACAUCGUGUCCGAGAAGGUGUUCAUGCCUCAGUUUGGCAAGAGGUGGCCCGAUUAUGGUAGGUUACGGUGGGCGGUGCGAUGGUUGUUAUGUGAGUGUGUGGGGGUUUGUUGCGGCCCUCAGACUUCUGGCUCAAGUGGGCCAUUCAGUGCCGCGACGACCAUCCUGAGACGCGCCUCUGGCUAGGCCACAUCAUCGAACGCACCAUAAAGGUAUGCUCGAUAUACGAAACAAGAAAACCGGCCGACACACCAGAUGGGGGAUGACAUCAUUGCUCUGUUUUCCAUUCUCAGGAGCCCAUUACGUAUCACCCCAUGUACCGCUGGCCAUUCGACCCUCUGGACAAGCCGAUCAAACGGUUUCGCGAGGCCAUCGCACAGGGGUACCCUCACUGAUGGGCAGCGGCAGCAGGGAGGGAGACACUCAGACGCACAGACUAUUGUGCGUGAGACAGACAGACAGAUUGGUGUGGUGGGAGUGGGGUGCAGUCGUGUGGGUGCCGAUUUCCAGUACAUGCCCAUGUAGAGAUGGAC